AUGUGUCAUACCUCAAAUUUAAGUCAGCAAACACACCAUCUGGUCCGUCAAAGUCAACCAAACAAAAGCGUACAAACAUCUACUGGUGGUAAAUUACUACCAGAUGGCUCUGUUCUUGCCCCAGGAAGGAAUGGUGUGGUGAUAGGAGGUUCCCCAGCAGGAUUAAGGCUCCUAUCCAACAUCUCGUCCAUCACUCAGCUGUCGCCAGCAGCCGAAUCAGUCUCCAUACAAAGCAGUGUCCAAACUGAUUCACCAGAAGAGUUGGUAGACUCUGACCAUGAAGAUGCACUGGACCUAGAUGAGCUUGACGACCACAGCAUUGAGAAUGAGGAAGACUUCCAACACCUCGAUUGUGAAGCUGAAGAAGCACAAUUGGAACAAAUGCUACAAUUGUGUGUUGUUGGCAAACCCGAAGGCUCCAAAGACGAUCACUGCAUCAAAAAGAAAGAUCUUAUUAUGAAACUGAUGGACCUAGAGCCUGAUGUUAAGAUCGCUGGUCUUCCUCCCGGCCACCAAGACCCAGCUCCUGAACCAAGAGUCGCCACUGGUGAGAUUCCAUUUGUUCAAGUCGACAACCCAGGAAAAUGGCCCCACGUGAUCUACCGAGGCAAGGUAGACAAGUCUAAAAAGUACCAAGGCCACGAGCUACCGGCUGGUGCCAAAUGUUGUCCUUCUGUGAAUGGACAAAGAGCAUGCAAUGGAUGGGAGUUUCACUAUGGUCCUUGGGAGCACAAUCAUGAAGAAGCAGGAUCCAAUGCUUUCCGGAGUGGCGCUACAACGCAAAACAUGUUUCCGGAUAGCCAAAAGGGAUCCUUGAAUGCCACCACACUCAAGAAGCUUGGCCUCUCCAAGGCGCAAAUGGAGGAAGAUGACGCCCUGUUCUUCUACAAACUCCUGUAUCCUAUCUGUGACCCCAACAGGUCCGGAAUCGACGAGGAUCCACGCAAAGGCUUCUAUUUUGAUCUUGAAAAAUUCACUCGGACAUAUACAGGCCAGAAUGGUAUUGGUGAAUCAUAUGGCCAACAAUCCAUGAUGUUCUGGCAAGAGAACUUGUGGUCUUUCAUGGCAUUAUGGUUCGAGAUGGCGUCCGUGGAGGAAGCAAGGGUGCCAUUUACCGCCUAUGGGAUCCAUCUUGUUCGUGCGAUGAUAAAGAAGUGGCAACCGCCAUGA